UCCCUUCCCUUGCUCUGUUUUGUCCAUUUCCUUGGAAAAAUCAUGUAUCAAAUCCAUCGGCGUCCUAUUCCCUGUUUGCAUUGUCACCCUCAUAGCUACAUCCGCAUGGUUCAGCAUAUGAUAGAGAAGUGUCUCCUUCUUCACAUGGACCGGGAUCAAUGCAUAAAGGCACUUGCAGAGCAUGCCAGUGUCCGGCCCCUCGUUACACUCACAGUGUGGAGAGAGCUCACAAAAGAGAACAGAGACUUCUUUCAAAUGUACUUCCACGGAUUUUCUAAAAGGCCUUAUUUCAUAACUGGAAAGGCACUAAGAAGGAACAAGUGGAGGUGA